AUGUAUUCGUGGUUUAGGGCAGCUCUGGCUCCAGCAGCGGCGAUGGCGAAAAAGGCGGUCCGAGCGCUCAGCGUUUUUGUGUGCGUCGCUUUCCCUGCCUUGGUGGAAGCCACAAAAUGUCUCAAGUUGCACAACAAGUUCAGAACAGCGGGACUCGACGUUGGAGUCCCGGAGCUCGUUGCCAAUCCAACCGCACGCAACGUCGUGAUGGACAUCGUGAAGAAACGCGCGGCAGAUAAAUGUGCUAAAGAAGAACACUCUGAGGAAGCACGCAAAGCUGGGAUGGGCGAGAACAUAUUCUACGCGGACGACGCAAACUGCGCUAUCGGCGUGAAGAUGUGGUACGACGAGGUGAAGAUUCUCAAGGGAAACUAUCCGGGAACGGAGUGGAACCGAAUGGGCACAAUUGGCCACUUCACUCAGGUGAUGUGGGAGACCAGCCAAGGCAUGGCGUGUGCACGCACGACGAGCUGCCCAAAGUGGAAUCAACUGUUCUGCGUCUACAAGCCUGCAGGGAACUGGAUCGGCGUCGCGCCAUUCUCGGAAGCUGUGUGGAUGUCGAUCUUGAAGCGUGAUGGCAUGUCGGGGGCUCUCUCGGUAGCCCAGGUUAGCGCCGGUUCUUUGGCAGCCGUCAUUAGUGCGGUUUUGUUUAUCCUUGCCGAGUGA